AUGGGGUCGACAAGAUGGCCGUUCUCGAUGAUGUGUGACGGCGAAGAUUUCGACGGGACUUCGAAGCUGGUCAAGUCAACAGUACUGGGCUUCUGGUCAACGAUGUUGAAGAGACAAGAGGAAAAGCUGCCGAAGGAGCUGGACAGGUUCCAAGAUUCGUUGGACUUGCUACUUUGGUGUCUUUGUAACGUGUCAGAGAUGCCCUUGGACGCGGCAGAAAAGCUGCAGAUAACAGGCGUGACGGUGGAUAGUGAGGAUCAGAUCAACAAAACCAAAUCGCGUCUUGUUGUGGUCGGUAAAGAAGCGAAGGUUCUGCCUCUGCUGGAUAAGGUGAUGGCAAGGCUUCAAGGACAGGAUAAUUGCUUCGUUCCGCCAGCGGUUGUUGUUGUUGGAAAGAAGCCUCAACGCACCAGAGAUCCUGCAAGCGAUAGAUGUCAACAAUACUGGAUUGCGAUCAGUCUUGGUCAUGAAGAAGGAGGGAUGUUGACUGCUGCCAAACUUACAGAAGAAUCAAGCUCAGCCGGUCUUGUGACUUUCGCCUUGUUGAUGAUUGAUGUAGCUGGCAGGUUCUUUGGGCAAGCCAAAGGUACUGUAAGCGGAAGUUUGCGGCUGAGAAGCCUGGAUAUGGAGGGCAGCAAACUCAGGCUUCCGAGAUCACCGAGCAGCUUUCGAUCAAUGUGCGAAAUCAAAGCUGCUGCCAAGUCCCAUCACUCAGCUUGGGUGGAAGCCAUUUUCGAGGAAGUCACGGCCCACUGCACCUUCCCUGAAAUCCUGGAUCAUAUGAGCAGAAGUCGUCCCAUGACGAGAGGCCUGCUGAAGUUCUCAAAGACGCAUCCGGUCGACUCUGGCUUCACUCGCAGGCCGCCAGUGAUGACUAUUGAGGGAACUGUAAGAGGAUUUUGGUAA